AUGGGUAGGGUCUCCCGAGGCGCAUAUGGCUGGCCCUUCAGGUGUCUUGGUGUUAUACUCAUUACUAAACUUGUUGAAGAGAUGAAAUAUAACCAAGCGCAGUUCAAGAAAAACAGAGAGCUAAAAGUGGGAAGGUCUGGCCUGAAGAUGGGUAACACUGGGCCAUUUGCUGGAAAAAUGAAGAGAGGAGGGAAAACCACUUACACCGACCCCAACUCUUCAACUCUAGGAGAAGGAAACCUGUCCUAUUGCCGUGGGCUUUACAAGUUUAGCUCACAAAUGGGUUGGAACUUGGGACUAGGGAUGGCAUUGGGUCGAGUGUAA